AUGUCUCAAUUACCCUCACCCAAAAUGCGACUAUCAAUUGAAAUCAAAUGGAAUGACAAGAAGAAGAAAGACACAAAAACUUGUAUUCAUUCGAUGUGGAAUUAUAUAGCAAUGCUUCUAAGCGAAGCUGUAGGAAGCUCGAUGCUUAACGCGCUUAUACAAUGGAUAACGACUUAUGAAUGA